AUGGCAGCCGGAACUGCCACUGCUCACAUCUACGAAUGUAAGAGCCGAGCAACUCGAUGGGACUAUUGGUGGUACGGCACUGGGUCUGUCUACAGAUGUGUCGACAGCAAUGUGUGCCAUUUAUCACAUGUAGAUACUAGAACCAUUGGGUGGUCUGUCACGGAAGGCCUAAGUGUGACUUUUAAUGUAGCUAAGGAUGCCGCCUAUGCUUUCCAGGCUAGCUACACGUUCAGUGAAAGCAUCACGACUGGAGAUACCUACACUGUGGAUUACCACCCGCCAAUAACGGAACGUUUGUGGGUAAAGCAGUGGUUUGCAGUCACCAACAUGGAUUGCCAGCAAUGUGACUGGGUCUGUAGCCCUAUCGGCGGCGCCGAUCCUGCUAAUAGCUCAUUGGAACCCCCUGGCCAGCACUGCGAGAAGGCUUGUGACCCAUAUCAGCAUACUGUUACCUGGGUGCCAUGCCGAGAUGCGAAUUGCCUCGAAUAUCAGUUCAGUGAUGCAUUCGCACAAUGCGACAACUCGAACCACUGCCAACUGAACUAG